CAUGCGCAGCGUGUAAUCUCUGGGCCUGGGGAAGGAUGAAUGUAAAAGUUAAAGAUGGCGGCGGAGGGAGGAGGAGGGAAGGAGAUGAACGAGAUUAAAACUCAGUUCACCACCAGGGAAGGCGCUUAUAAACUCCUUACACACUCCGAGUACAGCCGCCCCAACAGGGUUCCCUUCAACUCCCAGGGCUCGAACCCCGUCAAAGUCUCGUUCGUGAACGUUAAUGACCAGUCCGGGAACGGAGAGCGGAUCUGCUUCAAUGUGGGCCGGGAGCUUUACUUCUACAUCUACAAAGGCGUCAGGAAGGCAGCUGACCUGAGUAAGCCAAUAGAUAAGAGAAUAUACAAGGGAACACAGCCGACCUGCCAUGACUUUAACCAUCUCACUGCUACAGCUGAGAGUGUGUCACUGCUUGUGGGCUUCUCAGCAGGACAGGUGCAGCUCAUCGACCCCAUCAAGAAAGAGACGAGUAAACUCUUCAACGAAGAAAGACUCAUAGACAAAUCCAGAGUCACGUGUGUAAAAUGGGUCCCCGGCUCCGAGAGCCUGUUCCUCGUAGCCCAUUCCAGUGGCAGCAUGUACCUGUACAAUGUGGAGCAUGCGUGUGGUACUGCUGCACCGCACUACCAGCUGCUGAAGCAGGGUGAGAGUUACACUGUGCACACGUGCAAGAGCAAGUCAACACGUAACCCUCUGCUGAAGUGGACGGUCGGCGAGGGUGCCUUGAACGAAUUCGCUUUCUCACCCGAUGGCAAGUUUGUGGCAUGUGCAAGUCAGGACGGUUUCCUGCGCGUGUUCCACUUCGACGGUGCCGAACUGCAUGGAACUAUGCGCAGCUACUUCGGUGGUCUGCUUUGUGUGUGCUGGAGCCCAGAUGGUCGCUAUGUAGUAGCGGGUGGUGAGGAUGAUCUGGUGACGGUGUGGUCAUUCGGAGAGCGGCGUGUGGUCGCUCGAGGCCACGGGCACAAGUCCUGGGUCAGCGUGGUGGCGUUCGAUCAUUACACCACCAGCGUAGAGGAGACCGAACCCAACGAGUUCAGUGGCAGCGAUGAUGACCUGCAGGAGCAGGCGCUCGCAGGCCGUGAACGUGCCAACAGCACACAUUCACGCCUCUCAAAACGAAACUCCACAGAUGGACGUCCGCUCAGCGUUACCUACCGGUUUGGGUCUGUGGGACAGGACACUCAGUUGUGCCUUUGGGACUUGACAGAGGAUAUUUUGUUCCCACAUCUACCGUUAUCCCGAACCAGAACCCACACCAACGUCAUGAACGCUACGAGUCUCCCGGUCCCGGGAGGGGGUGGAGGAAGCGGUGGAGGAAGCGGUGGAGGAAGUGGUGGAGGUGGUGGAACAAUAAUCGCAAGCAUCAACAACCCAAGUGCCAACGGAGGAAGCAGCAGCAGCAGCAGCAACAGCGGCUCCAAUACGCCAGGCAACUCUGUGCCUGCGCCGCUGCCGCGCUCCAACAGCCUUCCGCACUCUGCUGCCUCCAGUGGGAGUGGCAACACCAAAAGUGGCACCAUGGACACCACCAACGCAGUGCCCUCAAGUGUAAGCAAGUUCGCUACAUUAGCACUGCAUGAGCGCAAGGAGCGACACCAUGACAAGGAGCACAAGCGGAACCACAGCAUGGGCCACAUCAGCAGUAAGAGCAGUGACAAACUGCAUCUGCUGACUAAGACGAGCCGAGCGGACGCAGCCAAGACGCUAGGUACACCACUCUGUCCGCGAAUGGAGGAUGUGCCCCUGCUCGAGCCACUCAUUUGCAAGAAAAUUGCACAUGAGCGACUCACUGUACUUAUCUUUCUUGAGGACUGCAUAGUCACUGCAUGUCAGGAGGGAUUUAUUUGCACGUGGGCCAGGCCUGGGAAAGUGGGUUUAUUGUCCUCCCAAAACCAAGCCAACUCUCCGAGUGGAACAGUAGUAUAGCCACAAUAAUUCUGCUGCUUAGAACCUGCAUCACACCAAGCUGUCCAUAUGGAGACCCUGAGCUUCUUUUCAAGCUUACAGCAUUGUGUCUUUUACUUCUCUCCUUCUCUCUUCCUUAUGUCUGUUCUGUUCCUCCUCCGUUCCCUGUUGCCCUGUUCCCCUGUCCCCCCUCCCCUUUUCGGUCCUCUAUCAGUGGUUCCUCUGAUGGUCUACCUGCACUGUGGACAUGAUGAUACUGUGCACAAAUGGAAACAGUGUGGUGGAGUGAUGGACUGUGGCGUUGUGGUGCACAUGGUGGUGUUGUGCCCCUUCUCUUUUUCUUUUUUCUUUUUUAAGGAAAUAUUUAUUUUGAAUGAUUUUCUUUCUCACAGAAACGUUUGAUUUCUCCUUCCUAAAGCAGGUGUGACUGUAAAGAGCAAAUCAGAGGAAAUCCAGGGCUAAAGAGAAUCCAACGACUGCUUCCAUCCAAACUCCUUUUCUUUCAUAUCCAAUCACCUCCUCUUUUCCCUCCUACACACACACACACACACACAC